AUGGACCAGCUCAACAACCCCAUCAUCACGCAGAUGAUCCAAAAUGCCACGGAGACUUGCGUCUUCAAGUUCGGCAUGAGUGGCGUGAUGGUGGGCGUGGCUGGCGAGCCGCUCAAGUUCCGUGAGAUUGCCCGCGACAUGUACCGGACCUCGUCCAGCUACGCUCGCAACUUCGCCUACGUGGGCGCCAUCUAUGCUGGCACCGAGUGUCUAAUUGCCUCAUACCGUGCUGAGCAUGAUGUUGGGAACUCCGUUGCGGCUGGCUGCUUCACUGGCGCGUUCCUGGCGCGCAACGCCGGUCCCCAGGCUAUGGCUUUGGGGUGUGCAGGCUUCGCGGCCUUCUCGGCGGCCAUCGACCAUGUCCUGGAGAACUACAGCUCCCCCAAGGAUGAGUGA